UUAAAUGCCCCCCCGGCCGAGUGCCAACCACUGACGCUUCGUCGAGCGGAAGAGGAAGGGAAGAAGAAGAAGAAGAAGAAGAGAGGCCAACGUCCUGUUAGUGGUUAGCUGCUGCUGUUGCUGCUGCUCAGUAGAGUUGGAGUUUCUCCCCUCACGGCUAUGAUUGACAGAGUCAGCAGAGGUUUACACGGGCAUGUCAGCACACUCGCGCGGUUGUUAUCUUAACAGACAAAUCAGCAGCAUGGCGAGUCAAGAAAGAGCCCAGAGCUGCCGCCGGUCGCCUACAAGAACGAGAACACCGUGUAUCGGAGUGUUGAGGAUGUUAUUUAUUGCUUUUAUUCACACGACGCGGGCAAAUAAACAAGCAUUCAUUCAGUCAGACACAAUUCUAGAGGUCCUUCAUUUUGGUGAGGGAAGCCUUUUACAGGCAGAGUCUGACAUCGAUUUCAGUUUAUAUCAUCAACAAAGCACAUCCCCACACCGCGGGAACUGCCGACCUAUACGAUUCGAACCUCCGAUGUUGGACUUUCACGAACAGCCUGUCGGAAUGCCAAAAAUGGAGAAAGUUUAUUUACAUAAUCCUAGCUCAGAAGAAAUUAGUUUGAUAUCAAUAUCAGCAACAACAGCACAUUUUCAUGCCUCCUUUUUCCAAAAUAGGAUAAUUCCACCAGGAGGAAACACAUCGUUCGAUGUGGUGUUUCUUGCUCGUGUAGUUGGGAAUGUAGAAAACACUUUAUUUAUUAAUACGUCACAUCAUGGAGUGUUUACAUACCAGGUUUUCGGGGUCGGCGUCCCAAACCCCUACAGACUGCGGCCCUUCAUCGGGGCCCGAGUCCCAGUAAAUAGCAGCUUCUCCCCUCUAAUAAACAUCCACAACCCUUACAGCGAACCACUGCAGGUUGUGGAGAUGUACUCCAGUGGUGGGGAUCUGCAUUUAGAGCUCCCCACGGGCCAACAGGGAGGCACUGGGAAAUUAUGGGAGAUCCCUCCGUUCGAGACGAAGGGGGUGAUGAGAGCCAGCUUCUCCUCGAGAGACGCAGACAACCACACGGCCUUCAUCAGAAUCAAAACCAACGCUCCCAACGAGGAUCAGUUCAUCAUCCUCCCUGUGGAGGUGGAGGUCACAUCCGCCCCUGGUAUAUACUCCUCUACAGAGAUGCUUGACUUUGGUACACUUCGAUCACAAGAUCGGCCAAAGCUGCUGAAUUUGCAUCUUUUAAAUUCAGGAGCAAAAGACGUUCCAGUCACAAGUGUGCGCUCGACACCAGCGAACGAAGCUGUUACAAUAGACUUCAAAGCAGUUACUCUCAAAGCUGGAGAGAGUAGAUAUACCAAAGUAGCAAGUAUUAGUUUUGAUGCCUCAAAAGCCAGAAGACCAUAUCAGUUCUCUGGUAAAAUAACAGUUAAAGCAAAAGAGAAGAGUUACUCGAAGCUUGAAAUCCCAUACCAGGCAGAGGUUUUAGAUGGCUACCUGGGCUUUGACCACACAGCUACUUUGUUCCACAUCAGGGACAGCCCUGUGGACCCAGUUGAGAGGCCCAUUUUUCUCACAAACUCCUUCAGCUUCGCAAUCCGGAUACACAAUGUGACGCUGCCCGAAGAGGCCAAAACUAUGUUCAAUGUGCAGAACUUCAGCAUGCCGAUCCUCAUCCCUCCCCACGAGUCCCGUUACAUCUUCUCCCUCCUUUUUAGGGCAGUCCGACCAUCCAUUCACAUAGACAGCAAUAUAUUGCUCCUCACAAAUGCAUCAAAGUUUCACCUGCCUGUUCGGGCAUACACAGGAUUCUUACAGCCCCUGGUAUUGCCCCCCAGUCUAAAGGAGAACCUUUUGGACUUUGGUGUCCGCAGCGCAACGGACACCAGUAGCAUCAUAUUUGUGGUGGUCAACAGUAACCCCAUAGAGCUUGAGAUAAAGUCCUGGCUUCUCACAGGAGACAGUCUCUCCAUGGAGCUGUUAAAGACAGAGAAAGGAAACGCAACAAUCGCCCUCAGCCACCUGCACGAGCUGCAGGACACGUCGGCAUUGCAUCACAAAACGGUAAUAUUGGCAUCGGGCUACUACGCGGCGUUCAGGGUGACAUUAGUGGCCCAGGCCCUGGAGGGCACAUACGAUGGAGCCAUACACCUUACAACAGAUUAUGAGAUAUUAACCAUCCCCGUGAAAGCUGUGAUUGCGGUGGGAAUUUUAAACAGCUCCCCCAAACACAUUGUUUUGCCACCUUCGUUUCCAGGAAAAGUUGUUCAUCAAAGCUUCAGCAUCCAGAGCUCUUUCACACAGAAAGUAAGGCUGCAGCAGAUCCGCUCCCUGACGGAGGACAUUCGCUUUUACUACAAGCGACUGCGCAAUAACAAAGAUGAGCUGGAGCCCAGACGAAAAUCAAAGGUGGCAAAUAUUUAUUUUGACGCCGGCUUGCAGUGUGGUGAUCACUGUUAUGUGGGCCUGCCAUUUGUGCUUAAAUUUGAAUCCAAACCCCAUGGACUCGCUUUACAGGAGGACAUCUGGGAUGCUGAUGUAGACUUACAUGAAAAGCUCCUCAGACGAUGGAAGGAGCUUAAAGAGCAGUCGGGACACAAAAUCGAAGCUGUCUUUGAAGUAAACACCGACCUCCAGAAAAACGUGCAAGCUAAAAUAACAGCACAUUUGACGUGGCCUUCACUCGUCAACUCUUCACAGCACAUUACAUUUCCCCUGACCAACACAAACAGCUCCUCUGAGGAAGAGGUGAUUCUGCAGAACCCUGCAGACGUCCCUGUCUAUGUCCAGGUUCUCCCCUUGGCGCUGCUACCCAACCCCUCUGUGUUUUCUGGAAAACUGGCAGACAGGCUGCCGUUAGGAAAUUUGUCCAAUAUCAACAUUGAUACCAACACCUUUGAAUUCCAGGUCCACAGAAAUCAAACCUCUCUAAUUAGGACCAGUACAGGGUUUGUCGAGGGCUCAACUAGACCCUUUGUGUACAACCUCCUCCUCCUGCCCGGAGAGGUCAAGACUUUCAGCGUGAGGUUCACUCCUCUCGGAAACCGCAGCGUCUCCUCCCUCCUGAUAGUCAGGAAUAACCUGACUGUGAUCGACACCAUCGUGCUUCAUGGACAAGGUACAACGGAGAGCCUGAAAGUUGCAGGAAAGCCCCCAGGACUGGGCAGCUCGCUGAGGUUUAAGAUGACUGAAGCCCUGCUAAAAGACUGCACAGAGAAAAUAAAAAUCAAAGAGCCAAACUUCACUCUCAAACGGACCUUCAGGGUAGAGAACACUGGGCUGCUCCCCAUCACCAUCAGGUCGGCAGUAAUCAACGGGCAAGCUUGUGAAGGAUAUGGAUUCAAAGUUCUCAACUGUCAAGAGUUUGCACUGAAGCCAAACGCUUCAAAAGACCUCAUCAUACUGUUUACACCCGACUUCACCUCAUCCAGAGUUAUCCGGGAGCUCAAGCUGGUGACACAUGGGGGCUCGGAGUUUGUGUUCGUCCUGAACGCGUCGCUGCCCUACCAUAUGCUGGCCUCAUGCGCAGAGACCCUACCCAGACCAAGCUGGGAGCUGGAGCUCUACAUCAUAGUGUCGGUCAUCAUGAGCUCCAUGUUUUUGCUGGUGAUUGCCACCGCCUACCUGGAGGCGCAGAGCAUAUGGGAGCCUUUCAAAAGACGCGUGUCAGUAGAGUCCAACUCCAGUUUGGAGACCGGGAGGCCCUUUAACCUCAGGGAUAUUGUGCAAAUUCACAGUGAUUCAAAGCUGAACGACUACAGCGAGCCGGCCCAGAGCUCCAGAGGACUUUACGCAUCCAGCAACGGCACGGCGCGAGGCGGAGGCCGGCAGGGCGGCAGCCGCACCCUGUCGGACUCGGACGGCCAAGACAAGAGGAGCAGGGUCCCGUUCAACCGCCCAUCUAUGCAAGCUGCUUCCUCUCAGCCGGCCAAGGGAAGUUCAUCACCGGGCCAAGAGGCUCCACCAGCCUCCUGCCAGCUCACAAACAGGAAGUCCCGGAGCACCAAACAGCUGGAACAAAGUUCCAGUCUACAGGGGCCAUCGCCGGCUAACCGAGGCCUGUGCCCCGAGGAUCCAGAUUACGCCAACCUGAUAGGAGCCAUGGACAACGACCUAGAGCGUCCAGAGUCGCUUAGUGCCGACGCUCUGCCAGAGCAGAGCUCCCAGUCCAUACAAAACAAAGUGUUCGAUUCCAAAGCGAAGCUGCGGACGAAAACAAAAACCCAGAGGAAGAAGGAGGAAAAAGAGAAGAAAUCCACGGCGAAGACUCAGGGAGACGAGCUCAAAGAGAACCUGGCCGACAACGACGACAGCUCCUCCACCACCACAGAGACGUCCAACCCGGACAUGGAGACCAACGUAAAAGAGGAACCGGUCAAAAAGAAAGAGAGGACGGUGCUUCCCGGAAAGGUGAAAGAGGAAGCUUCCACUUUCCAGAUCAAACCCAAAACAAAGAAAAGAGAAGAGAAGAAGAAAGAGAACCUCACCGAGAAGUCCAGUUCUCUGGAGCUGCCAUACGUACCGCAGGAGAACAAACAGAGGAUAAGCUUUGUGUCCAAAGCUUUUCCGCCCUCCCUAAGCAGCAUCCCCCAGGCGAGGCCCCUGCAGAAACCCAGAUCAGACAGCAAGCUGGCCAAACUGUUGUCCAGCUCCUCGGCGCCAGAGCCCGGCCACAGCAGCAGCUCGGAGGGCGAGAAGGAGUGCGCGUCCCCCGAGUGGGACGUACCGCUUUCCAAAAACAGCGUUCAGGAAGAUAGCCUUCAGCAGAUUGCCCUCCAGACCUUAAACGCAGAUCGUUUCCUGAAGAGAUCGGCCACAGCCCGGACUUACUCCCCUCCCCCGACCUCCCCCAGCCUUCUGUCCCGGGGCUCCUACAGCAGCGUGCUCAACAGUAACAGUGAGAUCAACCAGAAAAAGGCCCCGGGUAACAAACUGUCCUCGGGGACCCCCCUCCCGGGUAAAAACGGCAACCCCACCUUUGCGGCCGUGGCUGCAGGCUACGACAAAAGCCCAGGCGGAUCCGGUUCAGCUAAAACGGACAACCAAAGCAAGACCCUGCCACACAUGACGUCCGUGGAGAGUGACAGCUCUGACAGCUCUGGAUUGUGGAGUCCAGUGGACAUAGCCCAUAGUCCAAACUACAAUUCUGCCAACUCCUUCUCAGCUUUUGGGCCAAACAACACUUUCAACCUUACAACAGUUUUCGGUGGAAUCAAGUCGUCGGCGCCUCAGUCCAGCUGGCCUGAGUUCACCCCGGCCCCCCCCUCCAUCUGGGAGACGCCUACCAGUGACCCCCUGCACUCCUGGCCCAGCAGCUCCAGCUCACCCACCACCCCGACUGCGUCACUCUUAGGCAACAGCAGUAACGUCUGGUCAGCGGCCACGCCGUUCAGCAGUUCCAUCUGGUCGACCAGCGCGGAGCCCACCCUGCACCAGUUCUCCACCACGGCCAGCUCGUCGGCGCUGACCGACCUGGUCAGCAGCCCCGCCCCGCCGCCACCGCCAGCGCCCGUCUCCCCGGAGAUGGGCCGGACCUACAACCCCUGGAGCAUCUGGGGCCCCACCCUGACCAGGCGCAGCUCCAAGCCCUGGCCCAGUUCCUCCGACACCGGCAAUUAAACAGGAAAAAUAACAGCACUUAACAGAGGUCCUCCAAAUGCUAAGUAAAGAUUCUCCAACUAUCAGAAUCCCACCAGGAAGACAAAAAAAAAAAACAUAGAAGGGACAUCGCAUAGCUCAUCCGGCCUUCCUUUUAGACCUUUUUUUUUUAAAUUCAUGCGACCAGAAAUGCUAUAUUUUAUUUAAAUGUAUUUUAACAGGAUGCCCUAAAUUAAAAAAAAAUAAUUCAGGCGACCCCCAGCCAACGGCUUUCUUUUUUUUUUUUUUUUUUUCUCAAACUUUGGAAUCUGGCGCACGAUCUCCAAAGUUCAGUGUUAACGCCGGGACAGGCAUCUUGUUUUAAGCCGUGCGUCGCUUCAGUUCUUUUUGGUUUCUACCAAAAAGCUGCUUCGAAGUCUCGUUCACAUUCAUAUUAAGGAUCGCUGCAUUUGGCUUUUAAAUGCCAGCAGAGAUCUUUUUCAGAAUCUGACAAUUGGCUUUAUUUAUUCUUGUUUUUCCCCACACAAACAGCCCCAAAAAAAAUGAACUUUUAUGUUCCCUUUUUUUUGUUGUUGUUUUUGAAGGGGGGUGAUUACAAAAGCCUUACGUGUGGGAAUAAAUUUAUGAAAUCAUUGUGGGUAAAAAAAGAAAACAAACAACUAUCAAGCUUGAGUACACCUCUCUCGCCUCUAUUCGUCAGCAGAUUUAAAUAAAGAUUUUCAGCAGAA